ACCCCCUCCCAUUUCCUAUCCUCUCCACGCCCAUGCACAUACUAUAAAACCAUGUGAAGUUGGUCACUUGAGCAUGGUAUGGUCAAGGGAUAUAUGCUCGUUUAGUUAUAGGCAAGGAUUUGGUACAGAAAUAAGCCAUAAUUAAUCUUUGCCACAGAGAGAAAAAUGCAGAAAGCAAAGGAAACAUCAGCCGACGUAGCUGCUUCGGCAAAGUCCGGUAUGGAUAAGACCAAGGCCGCUUUACAAGAAAAGGCUGAAAAGAUGACUACUGAUCCAGUGAAAAAGGAGAUGGCUGAGCGGAAGAAGAGGAAAAGUUCUUUGAAGCAGAGUGUGAGAAGGGACGGAUGCGCAAAGCUGCCAGGAGAGGCGACCACAACCCUCCACACGGCGGGUGAUCCGCUCGGCCACGCUGGUUACUCGGCUCAAGGGCCGGUUAGGGAGGAUUAUCCAACUAGCGUGACUAGUGGAGUUGUUGGGUCGCAGUAUCCUGCAGGAGUGAACACGGGGAGUGGAAGGACCGGUGUUUUGAUCCUGACCGGGUGGAUGUGGACAGACCGGGAGUUCAAGACCCGGGGUUGGCGGAGGAGCUAGGACUGGUUAUGGACCUGGUGCUACACAUUAGCUAGUCUGAGUGUUUAUGACGCAUGUUUCAGUUUGAGCCAAUACUUUGUUUAGUAGUACGUUAAGGGGUGAUCCUCUUAUAACUAGGGUUGUAUUAUACAGAAUUAGCCAGGGUUUGGAAUAAGGGAAUAACAUUGGAGGUUCUUUAAAACCUUUAACUUGCACAUGUUGAUAGAUUUAUGGUGUUGUUUCGAGGAAUUCAAAUGUUAAUUUUUUCGAAAGCAAUGAAAUCUAUUUUUAUGUCA